AAAAAAAAUCAAAGCAAAAUGUGUAAAUUAGCGUAAACAGAAUAAGCAAAACAUAAAGGAUGAGAAAUCAUUUGUUUAGAGUGCUGCUGUGAAGUGAUGUGAAUAUAUAGCUAAAUCUAUACAACAACAUUAUACACUUUAAAUAAUCGCGUACAUUCAGCAUAUCAGGACUUGGUGUUUACUUCUAGGAAAAUAAAGCGUUUUGUGUUGUUUAAAUGAAAAAAAUAAGAUGCAACAACAAUAGCAACAACCUGCGGUUUAGCAAAAAUCGUCGGCAAGCACUGAAACGAUUUGAACUUUUCAGUGCCAUUUGAACUUGAAUCGAUAGUCAAACUAUUAUUGUUGUUGUUGCUAUUCUACAAGUAAACAAUAAAAUUGUAGUUGGAAUUAUAUAGACGGAGACUGGAUCUUUACAUGCGUGAUCGUCAUUUGAACAAAAUGCCACGGGGUGGUACAACAACAGCACAUUUGAUAUAAUUGCUCUAUGAGAUUGAAGCGGAAAAAAGUUAAAGAACAGAAUUCGAUGACGAUGACGGUUAAUGAGGAGUUUAUGAAAGAGUUGAAUCGCCAAAUAAAGCGGCGACCCGAGGCGGAGGCCAAUUACAGACGGCGCUACGAGGAGGACUCGGAGAAUGACUGGAACUGUGGCUCAUGGUUCGAGUAUUUGCUCAUCGUUAUACUCUCCACCAUUUUGUUGGUGGGUGUGUUGAUACUCACGCUCUUCUGGAUACUAUUCUAUCGCGAUGGCUUCGCUUGGUCCGACAAUCCAGCUUUGCAGUUCAACUUGCAUCCCACCCUAAUGGUGGCGGGCUUCAUAACGCUGUCGGGAUUUUCAAUUUUGCUGUACCGCCUAUGUCGCUGCCUGAAACACAUCUAUGUUAAGCUGAUUCAUAUGUUCUUUCACGCCUGCGCCAUACCGUGUGUGGCUUUGGGAUUUCUGUCCGUCUUCGAUUCGCACAAUUUGUCGGAGCCGCCUAAAGUGAAUUUCUACAGUAUGCAUUCGUGGUUGGGCUUCGUCACCAUGGGAAUGUUCGUUUUGCAGUUCGUUGUUGGCUUCUUCAGUUUCUUGGUGUUGCUGUGCUGUGAGAAUCGCACCUACAAGUGCCGCAGCAUUAUGGUUCCGAUACACGCCAGCUUCGGCUUGGUGAAUUUUAUGUUGGCAAUUGCCACUUGCAUCACUGGGUUGGUGGAAUAUGAGCGCCAGAAUGCGGGCAAUGCCGUUUUGAGCUCACGCAACUCGGAAAUCGAACAUUACAUAAUCAACGCAUUGGGCAUCGUACUCGUCGCCAUUGGUAUCAUAGUCUCCGUCGCUGUACGACGAUCGAACGCUCCAGCCACUGCCAAGGUCUAUGUUACCGAACGUUGCUGAACACAUUUUUAGCGCGCUAUAAAUCAAUCUCAUAUUUUUGAAAAGAGAAAUUUAUUUGAAACCUAAAUAAGAUUGCUCGAAACAAAAAAAAAAAUAUGCAAAAUGAACGUUGCCAGAUUUUCCUUUAACACUUUUAUGCAUAAGUGAACUACUUUAAUAAAUAAAAAUAAAAAUAUAAAAAUUCUGAAAACCACUUCCUUUCCAAACUUUAAUUUGUACAGCCGUGAAAUAUGCCAAAUUGUCAGUGACUAUUUUUACUAUAGCGAAAACAAUAACGGUAAAUAGUGUAAACCCACCCAGAAGCCAAAAUGCAUGAAAUUAACGACGCCAGAAAAGUAGAGAACAAACAAAACAAAUACCAAAAUGCAAAAGGAAGCACAAAUUAUUAUAAAAUACUUAUAUUGUAGUUAUGUAUAAGCUAAAAUACAUACAUACAAUUUCAUUAAAAAAAUUAAAAUAAUCAACAAUUCAUAAUCAAAAUUAGAAGCGAAAAUCAAAUGUUUAUCAAUAAAAGCAUAAAAAAUUAUACAAAUACAUAUAUACAUGCAUACAAAUAAAAUUGAUUGAGAAUAUAUCGUAACACUAAGUAGCCCAGUAUUGCAUUACUCAUACGACGUGUAGUCCUUUCCACAACGAUUAUCAUAUGAAAUGUGUGUCAACGCAUUGGCAAAGUGAUUGCCGAAUUAAUAUAAAUCAAAUUGUAUCAAAAUUUUUCGCAAAAAUUCAUUAAAUUAUAAGUGAUAACUGUAAUUGAAGUGUUUGUAUAUUUGUUUUUGUUUUUUCUUUUCUUAAGCUAUGUAUAACUACAUACAAACAUACUUAUAUCAGCAAAUAUGAAGUUAUGAAGCGCGCAAAUUCUUUUGCCGUUAUAAAUUACCGUAAAAAACAUACAUACAUACAUUAAUCUAAGCAAUAUACAAAUGUAUGCAAAUAUUUCAAUGGAAUACAAAUAAUAAAUAAUAAUAAAAGGCCCUUUUUGUAAUUUAAAUGUAAAA